AACGUGGCUAACUCCCAAUCCAAACCAACAUAGAUCUGUUCGUGCAGGAUCUAGGCUCUCAGCUCUAAAACUGCAAAAGUUCACUGUCCAUGUAUACUUCCAUUACUCUCACAGCUUACUCUCUACCCUUUUGAUCCCAUAAUCCAGAUCCCAUCACAAUUUUCCCCAGAAAAUUUGACACCACAUUGUUAUCAUUGAAUCACCAAAUUUUGCCAAAAAUUAUCUAAUUUUCCAUGGCAAAUGCAUGGAAAAGAGAAAACAAACACCCAAAAUUAUUUUCUUUAAAUCCACUACUACUUCUUCUUCUAAUUUCUCUCUCUCUUCUUCUUCUUUUCUUCUUAUUUUCCUCUCAUUCUCGAUCAAACCCUAACCUUUCACUCUCUAUCCCGAAACCCAUAUCCCAAAAACAGUCCUCUAAUUACCCAAUUGCCCCUUUUGAUUGUUCCAAGUCUCCACAAGCUCAUCCGGUAGUUGCUAACAUUGUAGAAAACAUAAAGUUCCCGUUUUUAUUUUCCUUAUCUGAUUUUGGUUCUUUGCCUGAUAAGCCUCACAAAAACAUUGUCAGGUUGCUUAAAGGUAAGGCCUUUAGGAAGCCUGAUAUCUCAGCUACAAUUCAGCAAUUGUUGGAAGGGAAGAGAGGGGAAAAUGGAUUUGUUGUUGAUGUGGGUGCUAAUGUAGGAAUGGCUAGUUUUGCUGCUGCUGUUAUGGGUUUUAAAGUUUUGGCUUUUGAGCCCGUUUUUGAGAAUUUGCAAAGGAUUUGUGAUGGGAUUUGGUUUAAUAGGGUUAGGGACUUGGUUACCGUUUUUGAAGCUGCCGUUUCUGAUAAGAUUGGGAAUAUUACCUUUUAUAAGCUGGUUGGCCGCCUUGACAACAGUGCUGUUUCAGCCACUGGUGCAAAGUUGGCGUUCAAGUCCAAUGAAGAAGUAGCGGUUCAAGUAAGGACCAUUCCCCUCGAUGAUCUAAUUCCAGACUCUGAGCCAGUUCUUCUGCUUAAAAUUGAUGUUCAGGGCUGGGAAUAUCAUGUAUUGAAAGGAGCCUCAAAGUUAUUGUCAAGAAAGAAGGGUGAAGCUCCUUACCUAAUCUAUGAGGAGGAUGAGCGGUUAUUGCAAGCCAGCAACAGUAGUGCCAAAGAAAUCCGGGACUUCCUCCAAAAUGUGGGUUAUCGACAUUGCACCAUGCAUGGUACUGAUGCUCACUGCACUAAGGAUUAAUGAAAGGUGAUUUACUCUGCCAUAUGAAACAAAACCUAACCACAAUACUUAGUUUCCACAUCUUUACUUCCAAGCAGUGAAAAGAAUUUGGUUGAUUAGCUUCAGUUCAUGAUUCUUCAUUGUUGUUCUGAAGGAAAUUAGAUAUAUCAAUUAUAAUCAGGCCUAGAUAUCACUACCCCAAGAGUUUACAUAAUAGUGGUUAAAGGUGAUGACGAUUUGGAUAUUUGCUUUCUGCUGGUGCAACUGCUAAUAGAAUAGUCAGAGUAAAAGAACCAUUCUCCAAAGAUGCUGCUCAUAAAGCUCAGAUUCCAGAAAAAUUGCUCGUCAGCUGAUUAGAUGAUAAGUUUUUUUGUUCAGUUUUGUCGGUUGUGCAUUUGGAUUUUCCAAUUAUAAUCUUUGAUGGUUCUGUGAUGCAUAAUAUUCGUAAUGCAUACAGUCUGUUGCACUGGAUUUCUUAAAAGAAAAUCCAGAUGAUUCUUUGUAGGAACCUAUUCUUUUCCGAAGUGUGUUCUUCCAGGAGAAAAUUAUUGUUGUUUGAUCCCCACUGUGCGGAGAUUGAAUUCAACUGCAAAUGUUAGUAAUAAGAUAAAAUCUUUGUAAGGAAUUGAGGUCAAAUCCAAUUGAAUCA